GCAGCCUGUCCGUUUGAAUGUGCUGGGGACUGGAGGGGAUCAUUUCCAUGGACCAUCUGUCUCGCUGGCUGCCCACACAACAAAGAAGGACCCAGGAUGGUGUUAGUACAUGUUGGAUAUCUGGUUCUCCCCGUCUUCGGCUCAGUUAGAAAUAGAGGAGCACACUUCACCAGGCAUCAGCACAGCCAUGCUACCUCCUGCCGACACUUUCACCUGGGCACUCCCCAGGCGCCCAUCUCAGCAGAGUUUCCCCUGGGACACGCCAGCCAGCCACCUCAGACCGGCCUGGCCACUCACCUGCCCCCAGCACACCACCCGCCGCCUCCCCUCACUGCCCUGCCCGCACCCCCUCAGUUUCAGGAUGUGCCGGGGCCUCCAUUCCUACCUCAGGCCUUACACCAGCAAUACCUCAUCCAGCAGCAGCUUAUCGAAGCGCAGCAUCGCAGGAUCCUCCCGCACUCCAGAAGAACCCAGGAGCGUAUCCCUCUGAACCCUCACAGACUGCGUUCAGGCUACGAAUACUCCCCGCCCCUUCAUGUCCCUCAGCCAAUGACACAGCAGCAGCGGUACCUGGCUGAAGGCACCGACUGGGAUCUCAGUGUCGAUGCUGGCCUUCCUCACCAUCAGUACCAGCUCCAGCAACUCCCACAGCACUAUCAGCAUUACCUGGCUUCACCCAGGAUGCACCACUUCCCCAGGAACACAUCCUCUGCACAAGUGGUUGUGCAUGAAAUCAGAAACUACCCGUACCCCCAGCUGCACCUGUUGGCACUGCAAAGUCUGAAUCCUUCAAGGCACGCCACUGCUGUGCGAGAAAGUUAUGAGGAGCUGUUACAACUGGAGGACCGGCUCGGGAGUGUCAGCAGAGGAGCUGUUCAGACGACCAUUGAGCGGUUCACUUUUCCACACAAAUACAAGAAGAGAAAGCCCCUGCAGCUGAAGAUUGGGGAAGAGGAGGAAACAGAUGUUGAUGAGAAGUGCACCAUCUGUCUGUCCAUGCUGGAGGAUGGAGAGGACGUCAGGAGACUACCCUGCAUGCACCUCUUCCACCAGGGCUGCGUCGACCAAUGGCUGGCCACAAGCAGGAAGUGUCCGAUCUGUCGAGUUGACAUCGAAACACAGCUGAACCCCGACAGCUGAUGAGAUUCAAACACCCCCCCUCCAUCCUCCCUCCUCCUCCUCGUCAAUCACGCUCAUGUAGUUCCUGCUUUCUUCCACCCCCUCCCCCAUCAUCCCCUCCUCGGGUGCUUUUGCCAAAUGUCUCCAGACGUCUUGUGACAUCACCGCCCCACGUCUUCUGACUCACGCUUUAACUGAGCCAAGCCAGGACAGCUAACUGCACGAGAGAGGCCGCCAAGGACUCUCUUUAUAAAGAAGCACAUCCUUCUGGAGGCAAAAGACUCACACAGACAUACACAAACACAUACUCAUGUACACAGGGUUUACUUGUAGCUUGCUGGUUGUAAGUGGGGUGUUGUUGCUGUUGUGGUGUUGUACUGUAGGUAGCCGCGGGCUGUGUAGCAUGUCCUUAAAGCCAUGACUUAAUGUCCUGAGAGUGGAAACACAUCCACCCCACACCGGGCUGGCUACUCUCUCUCUCUGAAUAUAUAAAUAUAUAUACAAAUAUAUAUUUCUCUUUUCAAACACACUUCAAUCAAAGUGAAUAUUCUGCCACACAAGAAAUGCUCUGAUGCCAUGUUUACCUAAAGAUCAUUUGUGGUCGUAGUAGAGUAGCAGUAACCAACAAGUGAUAACCUGGUGCGCUGUUGCUGCACUAGCUAGCUAAGUGUUAUAAUUCUAUCAUGCAGCUUUGACAUUUUGCAAUAUAUUUACCUUUGGGUUGGUGUCGUACGAGUAGGUCUCCUCCACUGCCGUGGAGGCCGAGCCAAGUGAUCGAGUCGUCGUGUGUGUUUUUAAAACUUCAAAAUAGGUAGAAAGUGUUUUUACCAAAAUGCAUUUUGUCACGGUGUAGCUUGAGCCUGGAGCAGGUUUGCGUGUGCGUGCUCUGCCCUGCUGUGCGUGCGUGUGUGACUUCAGGAAUGUGUCAAACAAAUGUGUGGAGUGAGUGUGCUACACCUAAAACUCGCUGUAGGUUAACAGCACAGCCACUGGAGUGCUUAUACAACACAAAGCCAAAAAAAAAAGGAUGAAAAAAAAAGGAAACUGUUGUGCGCUGCAGAGGAAGGUGGGAGGGAGAUUUAGCUGCCCUUUUACCUGCAGCUUCAUCUGGCAUGGGGCCAGAGGCAGAGCGGUGUGCGCUUCAAAAAAAUGCAUGUUUCAUCGUUGACUUGAGCGGCUGCUUUGGUAGCGUUCCUGCAGUUUAAACAGUACAGAGAUGGCUUUGCAUGUCUUAGUUAAUCUGAGCUGUGACUAUCUAAACAAAAAAAAAUGAGCACGGUGUCAGCGGCUGCUCCCCUGACUUGUAGCGUGUGUUCAUUUGGUCCCUUUUGGUGGCAGCGCUGGGAUCCUCUUUUGAUGUUUACCUAAUUGCCUAAAGAACAAGCACAUGUGACAAUAGUUAUAUUGCAACAAACGAUUCUUUUCCUUGGUAUUGCAUUUGGUUUCUAUUUAGGUCUAGAUUCAUGCAGUGUUUCAGCAGAGAGAGGAGCUUACGUAUUGAUCUUGUGUGUUUGUGUGACAGACCUCCCCUCGUGGUUGCUAUGCUGGUUGCUAUGCUGUAUUGCUAGAACAUGUAGAACGUGGUGAGACGGAGGCAGCCUCCCUCUUGCAGUGCACAAAGACACGAGACGGCACAACAGGAGAAAAAAAAUCAGGCUGAUUAAAUAAGUGGACUCCCCCCCUCCAACUCACACAAAAAGCUGCAUUUCAACAAGUCCUCAGAACUUUCAGUACCAGAGACUGCAAAUAAAAAAGGUUCCAACUAGUCCGUAGAGGUUUACAACAGUCUUCUGAAUUCUGAGACAUCAAGUCCCACAACAAAAGCCAAGUACUACCCCCCAGGUAGGAACCUUUUGGAGGGCAAAUGGUGUUCCUGUAACCUGGAAAUCCUUGCUCAUAGUCUCUGUGCUUUAUUUGUACAUGAGAUUAAAAAAAAUCAACUUUAUUCAAACAAAGUCAAGAAGUUGCAUUCAUGAAAUAACCACACUGCAAACAUUACAGACCAAAACAUUUAAUAAAUAAAACAGAGAAAAAGAUCAGAGGUCUAAUCCAGGAUUCAAUUAUGUAUAGACCUGUUUUAGGAGUGGUUCCACAAAAAGUGGUUGGCUUUAGCAUUAGCUUUAGCUAAAGCUAAUGUAGCCAAGCCGACUAUGUAAUUAAUGUUACUACAUAAGAAAUGUAGCUAAGUUAGCUUUAGCAAACAUUGCUAAAGGUAAUGUAGCUAUGUAGAUUACAUAGCUGCUUUGUGAGCUUAGCUUUAGCUAUGUUAGCUAUGUAGCUUAUGCAGCUAACAAAGCCACAAGCCACGCAUGUUUUGCUAGAAUGCUUUCUUGGAGGACAAGCUUUUUAUCCUGUUUAUUCUGCUUUAUUAAACAUUUUGUAAUCAGGUUUUACAGGUCAGGUCUUUAACUUUUGGUAUCCUAACACUCUAGCUCUAUGACGAAGCCAUUCUGAUUUUAUUUCUAAAGUUUUAGCGUACAUUUCCACUCUGAGCUUUACAGCAUCAAAGAUGUCUGCAGACAGACCCCUCUCAAAGUUCCAGGGAAAGUUCUGGAGGUAUAAAGACAUAGUAAUCAGGGGGUUUAUAGUUUUUCCAAAGCUGUAUUCAUUUCUUCAACCCUAAAGACCCAUGAAGGGUAGACAAACUAGUCUGAUGAGACAAGAAUGAGCUCUGAUUGCUGUUAAUACUUCAGAAGACUCAUGAAUAAUCAGAGUUACAAGUGCCACCUCAGAGUACCAGUACUCUCAACGAGGACAACCUCCAAAUGGUCCUUGGGGGAGUAAAAAUAAGUACCCUUGACCUUAAAAUUCCCAUACUUGUAGAACAUAGGGUAUUUAGACUUUGGUCUUGUAGCCCUCGUCCUAAUGUUGCUGCUGCAUUAAGAUUCUGCCAAGGCAAAGCAUCAAAUAUUUGACUGUAAAAAAUGAUUCCAUUUGAAUAAAGAACUAUCAAUUAGGAGAUUAAUCUCCAUAUUUGUCUGAACUCCUCCAGAUUUAAAGACUGUUGAUAAUUUAUCUAUAAAUUUCAGAUCAUUGCAGAUCCCACCUCAAAGCACCGGGCCAUUUAGACAGUACAACCCAAACCUUUUGGGGAGCUGAAUAAAGUCCUUGAAUCCCCGAGUAUCCUGUACUUUUAGGUCCGUGGGACUUUAUUUAGAUCCAGGUCCCUACUGUGGAAACACUCUGUACCUAAUAAAGUUCUUACUAAUAGGGGAAAGUUCUUGAAGUGGAAACGCAGCAUUAGCUGUUAUAUUUCCUUCUGUUAAAGCUUUAGUUCCCAACCUGGGGUAUGGGCAACCCUGGGGUGGCACAUGGCCCUGUCUGCUUGGACAUUGUCAAACUUAGAUGUGUAUAUAAUCUUUCAAAAUCACGAUUAAAAAACAAAAUAAACAGCAGAGUAUUAAGGCCACCUUGAAAGAUUAGAAAAAAGAAGAACUAUACAUUUUUGAGAGAGAAGCUGGAAUUUCUGAGAUUGAGUUGUAUAUUUAUAAGAAACAAAGUCUGAGUUUUUGAAUUUUAACUUGAUAAACUAAAAAAAAUUUAGAACAACAAGAACAACUGAAAAAGAACAAUUACCAUUUCUGUUUUAAGUGGGUCCUUGGGGGGGGCGUACCACUGUGUUAAGGACCCUUUAGGACCCCUCCUGUCCUAUGCACUAUGAAAGUUAAGGAAGGGCCCAGAGGGCCGUCAAACAUGGACUAGUUCUCCGUGUCUUGUGUACUGCCAGUGUGGACGCUGCCUUCUCCUGUAGUGGAGUCAUCCGUGAUGAAGUUUUCAUAGUUUACACAGGGUGUUGUCAAGUUGAAAUGCCUUAAGUAUUUAACAAUCAUAAUUUAUUACUAACUGUAGAUAUUGUGGGUAUGUAUUUAAUUUUAUAUAGUUUCUUUCUUGGGGCUGGGUGACUGAAUCAUAAUUUAUUUAUUUAGAAAUAACACAAAAAUGCUAUGAAAAAAAAACUAUUACCUCAUUUUUGCAUUGUUUUAAAUGGGAAUGCUUUGCAUGCAGUUGUACUUCCUGGAACACUAAAGUUAAAGACGCCCUGCUGUUUGAUCUCCACAGGCUGGCUGUGCGAUGUUUACUGUCCAAGGCUGAGCUACUGAGCCCGCUCUCUCUCUCUCUCUCUCUCUAUCUUUAUCUCUCUCUCUCUCUCUCUUUCUUGUGGUGCUGUGGAUCUCGGUUACAUUCCAUUCAAUGCAAUUUCUCUGAUCCCCCAUGCUGUGAUGUAGUGGACAAACUGCAAUGAAGUGAUUUUUUUUUUGUUUUGCACUCACUUGUUAAACUGUGGGAACCCUCUCACUGGCAAAAAAAGUUAGUUUAGAUAAUUUUAUCACUAAAGAACUCUGGUUUAUUUUGUAUGCUCUGCUUCUCACAAUGCACUAUAGGUCUUAACGAUCAUCAGUGAAGCAUGAUCCUUCAUUUGAACUCUUUGAUUUCUGUCUUCCUUGUGUUAUCUUCUUUUUUAUGUUAGACUCAAGCAUAACAAGUGCCUCGCUUUACGUGUUAGGAGAUAUUUCCAUAUUCCUAAAAUCAUUCAGAACAAUCAGCCCAUGAAGCCACCAUGCCUUAUUGGUUGCAUAAUUAAAACGAAGGAGCUCAGACGACAUUUGACAGGUGUGCACAAAAGCCAUUCUACACAAAUUCAAGCAAAAACAGCUGCUGUUUUAGUGAAAAUAGUUCUUAGAAGAGGCAUGUCUCACUGUGGGCUUUACAGAGUUCUACUUUGGCCGUGUUUUGUUGAUCUUUCGUUGCUACUCUUUUUUAGUUUCCCGUCCAUCUGUCCUCUCAGACUCUAUCCUCUGUUUCCUUUCUCUGUUUCAAAGGAAGGCAAGGAUUUUAAAGCACAACCUUUUCUAAAAAUGCAUGUUUUCUCAGGUUUCAAUAUAGUCUCAAUGGUUAAUAGUAUAUGGUGAAAAUAUAUACAAAGAAUAUAACAGAAAAAAUAUGUUGCUGUUUGAAACUGAAAAACAAAGCUGAAGAGAAAAUAUCCCAAAAAGUGCCAGUGAAAGGGCUGCCGCCAUCCUCGUAUGAAAAUCUGCUGUUUUAGCUGUGACUGCGCAAUGUUUUUCAAUAUAGGAUAUUUUAUCUGAAAAUAGAACUAUUUAUCAUUAAUAUUAAAGCAAUAGCGCAUUAAUGUGACGAGUGUGUUGAUGAAGACAUGGAUGAGCAUAUUAUGCGUAAAUGUUAGAUUCACAUGUGAUGGAUUUUUUGUACUUUAUUUAUUAUUACUACUAAUAAUGAUGAUAAUGAUUUCAAAAGUUGCAUUGCUAAACCCAAACUGUUCUCUUUUGUUUUUUAAUUUUA